AUGGAAUCGCUCGAGGCAAAUUCGGGAGCCGCGUUUGUGAGGAGAUUAGGUCUGAAGAUUGAUCCGUAUAAUGCGCCGCGAUUGCAUCUCUUUGCGUGGAAUGCGGGUGAUCGUUUGGCAGGUUGUCCGCCUGGUAACCGGAGAUGGGUUACUGGGAUUCUCAAGAAGCCCGAGAUGAGGAAUUUGGCAUUGAUAUUUUUUGAGAAAGUGGCGUAUGCUUAUGGUUUUAUCGAUCGCGAUGUCUUCUUUCAACGGUUAGAGGAACGAUGGGGGACGACAAACCCGACGAAAAUUGAGGAUGAUACGUAUGAUCCAGUGUUUUGCGGAGUAGCAGCGUUGGGUCUGUUGUUCUCGCAAAAGCUUCCAUCUACAUUUGAGCCGGAUCUCGUGGAGACAGCGAGGUUGUUGUUAGAGCAGCACUCAUUGUUAAGUCCGCCAUCGAUAAAUACUGUGACCGGCUGGGUAUUACGAGUUGCAUAUCUGCGCAUGACUUCCUUGCCGCAUACGACCUGGUUGGCGAGUUGUUCCUUGAUGCACGUCACCGAAGCAGCUAGAAUACAUCUCGAAUCACCAUCCCGUACCGUUUUUGAGGGUUCAUCUGAAUACCAAAAUAUUGAUCUAGACAUCCGCCGCCGUUUAUGGGGCAUGGCUCAACAUCUGAAUAUCUGGGCUUCUUUUGAUCUCGGCAGAACAAAGAUUACAUUAUCAGGCGCCUCAACAAAACCAGUCGCCCCGAAAGCCGGGGAUUAUACAUCUCAACUUCUUGGAUUGAUUCCCCUAACAGAACCGUUAGAUCCCACCAAGACGCGAGGUGUCGAAGAUCUCGAGGCUGAUCUGAACCGGGUGCUUGACGAGAAUCGUGAACGACCGCCCGUCAUCAUGGCCCAAGUAAAUCUUAUGCUCUGCAUAUUCCGACGUCUACGAGCUCAAAAAUCGAAUAUGCUGAACCUACAGGCAGACCGCAUACUGGCUUUAGUUGUCAAAGGUCUACGCGCUGCACAACAGAUGGUUGUCGACAGCAGUCCCUGGCAUCAUGUCGCCAAUGUCCCGUUUCAAGCAAUCUGUUUAUUAUUAGCGAUUGAUUCCCGAGCUUCGCUAGCGUUGCUGGGUGAUGCGAUGAGCACAUUGCAACUCGUCGCGAGCACGUGGGAUAGCGCUGUGAUGCGCGAGGCAUACAACACGGCUUAUUUAUUAAUACUGCUGCAUCAGCGACGGAAGGAGGAAGAUGCGAAGGCUCUUCGGGAUGUGUUGAGUAUACAUUCAACUGCACCGGCGAUGACUGCCGAUUCUUCUUCUUCUUCUCAGUUCGCUAGUGUUGGUUUCUCGAACCAGAAUAGUGGCUAUCAACAGCCACAGCAAGGAACGACGGCCAUGACGGCCACUGAUUCUGCGGAGUUUUUGUGGUUGGAGGACUUGAUUGCUGAUAUGCCGAGUCUAAAGGAGUUUGAUUUGGAGCAGUUUCUGUUACAGGAUGCGAUUCAGCCGCAGUAUUCUGAUGUAGGGACUGGAUUUGGGACGGAUACUUUCAAUGCUCAGUAG